AUGCCAAUAAUAGAAAAGAAGUCUCAAUCAAGUGACUCAGACAUUGAUAACAUUAUGGCAGCAUUUAAAGCUCUAACAAUUAAUCAUGUGAAACAUAAAACCAAUGAGGUUAGCAGAAUUGAUAAAAUCGAAAUAGAUAUAAGAGAAAUGAUAAAAGCAAUAAAACAACUUAUCAAUAACCAAAGAUCAGAUGACUGUUUUAACUUUAGGAAUUCAGAAUUAAUAAGAAAUUCAAGACUAUACAAUGAUAUUCAAGAGGAACUAAGAGAAAAAAGAAAUAAAAACAUUGAAAUUAGAGAAGCAAAUAUUAAAUAUUUUAAAAUUAUCUUAGUAUCAAAUAAUCCAGAAAUCAAAUGUUUGAAAGUUAAAAUA